AUAACACAGCCAGCAUUCUGACAAGGCGGAGGAGAUUUAGUCGAACUGUUCAGGAUGUGUAUUAUCUGCCCAUUAUGAUCUCUGAUGGUGGAAUCCCCUCUCUCAGCAGCAGCAGCACCCUCACCAUCAGGGUUUGUGCAUGCGAGAGAGAUGGGCGUGUGCGGACCUGCCAUGCAGAAGCCUUCCUGUCCUCGGCUGGCUUGAGUACAGGAGCCUUAAUCGCUAUUCUUCUCUGUGUUGUCAUUCUCCUGGCGAUCGUAGUAAUUUUUAUCACCUUGAGGCGCAGCAAGAAAGAGCCUUUGAUCAUUUCAGAGGAGGAUGUGCGGGAGAACGUGGUCACCUAUGAUGAUGAGGGUGGAGGGGAGGAGGACACUGAAGCCUUUGACAUCACAGCCUUGAGGAAUCCUUCUGCUGCUGAGGAGCUCAAGUACCGGAGAGAUAUCAGACCUGAAGUGAAGCUCACUCCCAGACACCAGACAUUGUCCACCCUGGGAAGUAUAGACGUUCAGGAAUUUAUUAAGCAAAGACUGGCAGAAGCAGACCUGGACCCUAGUGUGCCCCCUUAUGACUCUCUUCAGACUUAUGCCUAUGAGGGUCAGAGAUCAGAAGCUGGAUCUAUCAGCUCGCUGGAUUCAGCAACCACACAAUCAGACCAGGAUUAUCAGUACCUUGGAGACUGGGGACCUGAGUUUAAAAAGCUAGCUGAACUCUAUGGAGAAAUAGAAUCGGAAAGAACAACUUAGGGGGUUCAUUCUUGCAACUUUGUAGAAUUUGCUUCCCUACCAAGUGGAUAUAUAACCUCAGCAAUGACAAGGAAGAAGCGUGUAAACAGUACUAGGAACUGAGCAAGCUGUACACAGCUCCUGUAGAAACAAGUGCCCUUUUCAUGAUCAAAACUGGGUUAUUCAAUUGGAAGAAAGUCAGAUCUAAAAGAAAAAAAAAAAAAAUACAGAGAAAAAGCUAUUGUUUCUUGUGUAUAUUUUCAAUUGCUCAAUAAAGUCUGUGGUACUGUUUAAUUAA